CAGUGUCUGAGCUGUCAAAGGGCGAAUGCCCCGCCAGUGUUCAGUGCACACUCAACAUCCCCCCGUAAUCAGGGUUGUGAAUCUAUGGUCUUGAGUCAAGAGAAUUCUACGAAUACGAUCUUUCCAUCGGGUUGAUUCGAGAAAUCUUGCUGGACCACGCCUGUCAUGUCUCGACGGCUGUCCAAUAGCAUCACCAUCUCAGUCUCACAGCAUACGAUGUCCUACCGCAUAAGUCCGUCGAAGGCCGCGCCGGAAUGGACAAACAAUGGAUCCAACACGUCCCUGACGUCCCUCGAGCAAAACGUCGCUCGCGAGUCCAGUCAGCCUGCCAGAGAUGUCGGAGGCAGAAAUUGAAGUGCGAUCAGGAACGACCGUGUUCUUUGUGUCUAAGGGCCGAAGUGCCUUGCGUAUCCGAAUUCCGUCAAAGAAAAAGGAAACGCAUUUCGCUGGAUGAGAGUAAACCACUCGCCGGCCAAACGGAUCAAGAGCCUUCGCAGUCCGAUGGGCCAACGUGCGACUCUUCUGUACCAUGCUUUGGCCAUGCGGACGAUUUCGAUAGCAGAUCGACGCUCGAAGGGCCGUCGGUGUCACCUUCGCGGCACAAGACCGCUGUCAGCGUCGACCUGGUCUCCAGCACAGAUCCUGACGGGUACAAAGAGAGGAUCUCUUCCGCGGGACUUACGCAAGAAAUCAUCGACAACUUCAGCCCGGAAACAGUGCUGGAAAGCUCGACCUCUGCCCUACCAGGAGGCGUUGGGCGGUCACAGCCAUCUCCGGGUAUCGCACGGGAUGAAAUCACGGUAGAAGAACUAUUCGGCUUCGAACUGCCUUCCAAGAGAGUCACGGAUUAUCUGUUGAACGUCUACAUGGGUGCCGUCCAUUGGUUCAUGAUGGUGUUCCACGAACCCACGCUCCGCGCCAGCUACGAAGCGUUCAUGGCGAACAGGAGGUCUCCGAAAUCUCGGUCCAACCAGGCCAUAUUUAUACUGCUGCUGCUUUCGCUCGGGGCGCAUUAUGCGUCAGAAGAGGACGUGCGCGCAAGAUUCCCCUCGUUCAACUUGGACACCUUCCAGAGAUUGUCGCUCAAAAGAGUCGAAGACAGCCUUCACACACUCUACGACUCUGCCGAGAUAGAGUCGGUGCAGGUCUGUGUUCUCCUAGGCUCCUACUACAUGUACCAUGGGCGGCCGAAUCUCGCCUUUGUCAUUCUCGGGGCUGGAAUCAGCUGUGCCCAGCUCAUGUCGCUCCACAAAGAGUCCUCGUGGCGCUGGUUAUCGGAGAUAGCCAAAGAGGAACGUAGACGGACGUUUUGGGCGUUGUUCGUCUUUGACCGUUUUGCAUCCACCAUAUUCGGUCGACCCUGUGGGAUCCCUCUCAACGAUAUCGACGUCAAGAUUCCCGAAAAUAUUGGCGAUACCACUGUCCAGCAUCCCCGCUUCCGCUCGACUGCCACGAUGCCGGACGGGACUGUGGAACCGGUGACGACGUUCUCGUACUCGAAGUACAAAUUCAAGCUAUACCAGAUUUCGUCGCCUAUCAUUUCUGACCUGUAUUUCCACCGCAGCAGCGACGUAUCGGAGCUGGCCAUCAAGGUCUCCCGCAUCAACGAGGAGCUGGUAUCCUGGUUCAACAGUCUGCCUCCAGAAUUGAAGCUGGAGGAUUUGUUCCGCAAUCCCGCCGAGCCAGUCACCGCCAACACCCGUCCGUUCAUGCUGCAGGCUCUGGCGUUGCAAAUUGCGUAUGAUAAUGUCCAGAUCCUGCUCCAUCGACCACUUCUGUCGCAGGACUUGCGAAAAUUCAAGACGUCGGAAAAACCGGCCCGCAGCCAUCAUGACCCAGAAUAUCCCACCGCUAUCGACACAAACACCACCAGCGCUGCUACGGAUACAGAUGCAAACACGAAACUCGAUUCGGAUACUCCCGACGUCCAUCAAAUUCUAAUGUCAAGUCGCGACGCCUGCUGGGACUCUGCAAUCCGUUCGUCCAAAUUGGGCCGAUACCAACAAUGUCUGGCCACUGCGCGCGAGAGCCACGCGUGUGCCUUUCUAGGCAUCAAUCUGUUCACGGCAGGCAUGGUCCUGUGCGUUGUGGCGCUGGCCCGCCCGCUGUCCGCCCAGGCCCAGAUGGCCAAACAGGCCGUGGCGCGCAUCAUGGCUCUGUCACGUUUUUUGUCCGGUAAAGCCCUACUGUCGGCCCAGACCACCAAGAUCCUAAAAGACUUGGUGCAUUUGAUUGGCGAGAAGGAGAUCAAGGCCAUGCUCUCAGGUUCAGGGGCGGCUGCUUCCGGCCCGGGGCCUGGAUUGGCUGCUGCUUCUGUUGAAAAUAAUCAUAGUACUAAUGCUCUUACUACUAAUGAGGAUGUUGAUGGUAUUGGGACAAUGCCUGCUGGUGAUGACGGUCAUAUGAUGGCCAGUCAGCAGCGGAAUCUUCAUCUUGACCGAACCCCCGAUCACCCACAACCUCUCAUGUCGAGCGAGGAUGGACGAGAAAGAAGAUCCACGCAUUUGAGCGGCAGCCGCAACAGCAACAGCAACAGUACCACAAUGCCCCCUCCACCUUCAACGACGACCACCUCCGGCAUUUACGAACAACGUUCUUCUGGUCCAACUCCCGACACAACUUUCUUCUACCCCGGCCAAGGCCAGCAGCAGACCUUGCCAUUGUCAUCGUCGGCGUAUCCCAUCAGCAGUGAGUAUGACGACGACAGUGCCGGAUUCGAUUUUACCGGGUUCGAGACCAUGGACUUUAAUAACGGUAUUAUCACGCUACAACAAGCCAUGUUCCCUGCUUCUGCAAUCACCAGUGCCAGCGCCGCCACCACUACACCGGAUCCUUCUAGCACCGCUACUGCCGGUACGAGGAUGCAUCGUCUCCACCAUAAUCAACACAAUCAUCAUCAAUAUCAUUCAACGACACCAACGACACCAAACAUUCCUUCAGCGUCGGCGGCACCGUCCUCUUCGACAAGGGCAUAUGGCCAAAUCCAAACACAAGCAUGGAACAACACCCAUACACCGUCGGACCGAGACAAUGACGGUGACGGUGGAUACAAUGCCGUCGAUACUGAUCCCGGAUAUAUUCGUCACAACCAUGUCAACAACGACAAUAUCACUACGAUUCACAACCACAACCACAGCCACCAUACUGGUGGUGAUAUCGUGGGGGCCGAAACACAUCCGGACUUGGAUGCGAAUACCGAUGGUGACGGGGGCACUACCAUAGGGAUUCUCGACAGCCCCGAUUUCAGCAUGAUGAACACGGUCGGGCAGACUUGGUUAUGGGAGAAUCUGUGCUGGUUUACAGAAUAGAGUUGACCAAUUAAAUGAAUGGACAGAUAAAGUUAAAAGUAUACUUGCAAUUGAACUACUAGUACCUCAACAAGCAACAUCGAGCACAACUUGAAGAUCG